AUGAGCACCUCCGGCCCGGCCUCCCCGGCGCAAAUGCGCGCUCCGCCGGCCCCGCCGCUCCCGGCCGCGGUGGGCUGGGAGCUGCAGCAGAUCGAGGCGCGGCUGGAUCAGCACGCCGACCCGCGCGCGCGGCAGAUGCUCGCGGACAUCGGCGAGGCGGCCGCGCUGCGGGUGCUGCGGCUGAUAAGGGAGUCGCGGAAGCCCGUCCGGAACUUCUCCGGCUAUAUCAUGUGGGCGGCGAGGAACGCGCCGGACGCCCCUAGCGCCGAGAGCGCCAUCUACGCCUCCGGCCCCUCCAGCGGAGAUGACUCUGUACUGGGACCAAUGCACGAUGAUGAUGUUCAAAUGGACGAUAACGCUCCAGGCAGUGAAUUGGCUUUCAAUCUCUCAAACCAUGCCAUGAUCGAGGUCGAAAGCCCUGCCCGUCAGACGCCUCACGGUUUACAUAGCAACAGCAACGGGAGCCCUGUUCGGGCAGUUGCUUGCUUGUUGCCGAACCCAGUUGCAAUGGAGGUUGAUAAACCUGAUUGCAAUGUCCCAGAAAUGUUACCCGUGAUGCCAAACCAAGGAGGAAUGGAAGAGUUUGUCGAGCAUCCGUCUUUCAGGAUGCAAGACCAGGUACAACCGUUGCAGGUUGGUAGUCCUACCCCGCCAUUGGCCCAUGGGGUGCCAGACCAGGCUAUGGUGCAAGUUGGGAGCCCUGGCCUCGGCAUGGUGUCUGGGUUGCAGCAUCAGGUGGGGUUUGAUAGCCCGGUCCGGCAGAUCAUUCCUACGUCUCCAAGGAUGGUUUCCACCCCAAGUCCAGUGCGCGAGAUCACAAGGCGUGUGCAUCAGAUGGGGUGCCCAUCAGGAACUGUGGGGGUCCAAGCAUCACCAACCAUGGAGUGCAUGAUGCCAGCAGACCCUCUUGUUACUGCAAACGCAUCAAGGGCAACCGCGAGCCGUCAGUUGUUAGCGUUGGGAGAGCUAGAGUUUGUUCAGAUUUUCAUGAUAUAUGUCUAUCUUGCAGGGAAGAAGAUAGAAGACGUGGGUGUACUACAUGAGGACUAUAUUAGGUCCUUGAAUUCACUGCCCAUGGAUCGUUUUGAGUUGGAAAUAUGGAACAAAUUUGGUCACGAGUUUCUAGCAGAGUGUGACAGGAGACAGAAUCUUGAUUGGGACCCAAGCAAGACAAGAGUGUACCAUUGCCAUAUCGAGCAAAGAGGCGAUUCUGUAGUUACGGUUUUCAAGGGGCCAUAUAUAGAGAACACAAGGACUAGUCUACAGAAAGUUGUUGGGGACGACAAUGUUCUUGUUGUGAACUUUUCAGAUAUAUCUGGGCACACCAAUGCUGGUGAUAACUUCGAAACCGGCUGUCACUUUUACCAUCACGUUUUUGAAGAUGGCAUCAUCUUGGGUUUGCGUCGCUAUCGCUUUUUGAUUUACAAAGAUGGAGGGAGGGAAAGGAGAAUAAAAGCGGAAAAAAAGAAAGAGAGAAACAAGAAAUGCACUUCUACUGUUAGGUGCUACUUUGUUCGCACCGAGUGUGACUGGGACAAGGGUGUGCCUUAUAUCCUCUCCAAGAGAACAGUUGGUGAUGCCCGCAAGCUUUUUAUGCACGUACACACUGUCCCCAGUGUGGCAAAAUAUGUGGCCAGGUUUGGUUUGGUAUUGUCCAAAACUAUUACACUACUCGAUGGUGAAGCCCUAUCAAAAAUUGACGUUGUAAUUGUUGAUGAUGUACCUUGCAAGGAUAAAAACGGAAGCAUUGUUCUCAAGCAUAGGGAGGCUUUGAUCCACACUGACGGGACUGGCCUAAUAUCAGAAGAUUUAGCUAAGAAAUGCCCUACAGAUGUAUUUAAGGGGAACCUUUUGAGGAUACAUGACGAUAGUGUGGAUUCAAAGGAGGAUCAAUUUGACAUCGAUGAUCAUCCUCUUCUUAUGCAGGUCCGUAUGUUCUAUAAUGGACUUGCUGUAAAGGGAACCCUUCUUGUUGUUAGAAAGCUUCCUGAGAGGACUAUCCAUAUACGACCAUCAAUGAUAAAAGUAAACUCAGAUCCUAGUUUAUCAGGUGGGCACUCCUUCAACUCACUGGAAAUUGUUUCAACGAGCAACCGACCCAAAAGGGCAUUGACUUCAAGGUUUUUAAUCACGCUGCUUCAAUAUGGAGGGGUUCCAGCGGAUUAUUUUAUGGAGCUUCUAGGGAAGGCACUAAAAGAUGUUGAGAAAGCUCGCCAUAAAACUAGAGAUUCCCUUGAAGUUGCAUUUAACCACGGUGACAUGGAUGAUUUAAUGUCUGCACGGAUGAUCCUUUCUGGAAUUCGACCAGAAGAUGAGGCAUACUUACAGCACCAGCUUACGACAAUGACCAAAGAGGAAAGAGAAGGAUUCAAACAAGGUAGGCUCCCUGUCGAUCAGUGUUAUUAUCUGAUGGGCACAACAGAUCCUACAGGGACACUAAAGCCCCAUGAAGUCUGUGUGAUAUUGGACCAUGGCCCCAUUUCUGGAGAGGUUCUUGUCUAUAGACAUCCUGGGCUGCAUUUUGGUGAUAUACAUGUCUUGACAGCCACAUAUAGUGAGGCUAUACAGGAUUUCGUGGGAGACUCCAAAUAUGCUAUUCUUUUUCCUGUUUCUGGACCACGAUCUCUAGCUGAUGAGAUGGCAGGUGGUGAUUUUGAUGGUGACAUGUACUGGGUCUCGAGAAACCCACAGUUACUGAAGUACUUCAAACCAUCGGAACCAUGGGAUCCAAGAAACCCUCCAAGGAAGGCUAAACAAGAGAAGCCUCAGGAUUAUGAUGAAUCCAAGCUGGAACACAUUUUAUUCCGUGAAUUUUUUAGAAUUAGGUUUACACCAAGUUAUGUGCUGGGUGCAGCUGCAGAUUGUUGGCUGGUAUAUAUGGAUCGGCUACUGACAUGUGAAGUUCAAGAAGACAAAAAAGAAUGGGAGUCGAUAAAGGCUAAGAUGCUUGAAUUGGUUGACAUUUACUAUGAGGCUCUGGAUGCCCCGAAAAGUGGGAACAAGAUCACUAUGCCUCGUCAUCUGAGGGUUGAAGUAUAUCCACACUUUAUGGAAGGGAAAGGGUUUACACCUCCCUACACUUCCACAUCAGUGCUGGGCAAAAUCUAUGAUUUAGCAAAGUCGCAUCAGCCUGAAGCAGCUCACCCAAUCAAUAUAACUCCGCUGACAUGCUUCACCGAGGAAGUAGUAGCCGAAGAACGCAACAUGUGGGGUCCCCGUUACAACGAGUAUCGGACAGCGAGCACGUUGCUAUUGGACCGUAAUCGCCCAAUCUCUAAAGAAGAGAAGAAGGCGAGGUUCCGGGAGCUGGACCAAAAAUACAAGCAGAUGCUGUACGACGCGGCGGAGCUGGAGGAGAGCCACAAGCACCCGUUCGCCGUUUACAGGGAGGCCUGCGCGAUCUACCAGCUGGUGUACGAGCACGCGGUGCGGUGCCGGUGCGACGACGAAGGAAGGCGUGUCGAAAGGUGCGGCUUCGCGUGGAGGGUCGCCGGCCGCGCGCUGUGCGAUUUCUACCUGAUCAAGCGCCGCGGCGACAGGGUGGUCGCCGACAUGCAGGUCCUCCGCGACGCCUUCAGGAAGGACCGCGGUGCGUAG